UAUUAACAAUCUCCAACACCAAAGCUGCAAGAGAAAAAAGAAAAACAGCUGCUCUUCACAAUUUCCUUCUUGGAAAAUCGAUAAGCUUCGGUUCGUAGGAGCGGCGUGAACAUUUUCCCGUGUUGCCGUUUUGCGACUGGAGCGCGUUGGAAGUGGUAGUACUCGAUUACAUGACUCAGUGCUUCGGAUAAGGGGCCGUACAGUGACACCGAUAAUUUAAUAGCGUACCGUAAGCAUUGGAAUGUGAACGGCAGCACUAUGGAACGGGUGGAACAGUUUAAUGGGCCAUUGGAAAAGCGUACUACGUCCUACCGUGAUGCAGAAGACAGUGACGAGCAUCCUGAAUCUUUAGCGACGCCAGAUAAUUCAUGUAAUCCCGCACCGACCGCAAACGGUGAUAACGAAUCCGGAAUGCAGGCUCUUGGAAGUGACACCGAAGGUUGUAGUGGGGUGCAACAGUGCACCGAUAAAAUUGAUGAUGAAAUUAACGAAUCAGCGCGCCUUACUACAGUGAACGAUGAGGACAAUUCCUCCAGCGGCACAACAUCUCCCGGACUGGCCGGGAAAAACAUUGCUCUCGUACAACCGAACAAUCAUCGACGGUCUGACGAACCGACCGAGCUAAGCUUCGAAAAAUUUCCGGAAAAUCAUGAGGAAAAAUUAAAACGCAUUAAGAUCGAAAACGCACUAGAUGACCCGAAGACGCCUUUAGAGGCCUGGCAGCAGUUUGCCAAAUCGGAGUACGGUCUUAUAAAUGAUGACUUGCGACGUAAGAUCUGGCCACUGCUGGUCGGUGUUGACCCACAACAGGUCGAUCCAGCACCCUCGCUGGAGGAAUUGAAUAACCAUCCCGAGUAUAAUCAGGUGGUGCUGGACGUGAACCGCUCGCUGAAGCGCUUUCCACCGGGCAUUCCAUACGAGCAGCGUGUGGCACUGCAGGAUCAGCUAACCGUGCUGAUUCUUCGUGUCAUUAUCAAGCAUCCUCAUCUGAAGUAUUACCAAGGAUACCACGAUGUAGCCAUCACGUUCCUGCUGGUCGUGGGUGAAGAGGUUGCAUUUCAUGUGAUGGAAAUACUGUCUACGAACCAUUUGGUCGAAUGUAUGCAGGAAACAAUGGAACCAACGCAGCGGCGAUUGAUGUUUAUUUAUCCGCUUGUACGCCGGGAAAAUGCAGCACUGUGUAGCUACCUGGAAAGAUCUACGGUAGGAACACUCUUCGCCUUACCAUGGUACCUGACCUGGUUCGGGCAUAGUCUCAACUCGUACCGUUCGGUGGUACGAUUGUACGACUACUUUCUGGCGUCCGAUUUUCUCCUGCCAAUCUAUGUUACCUCCGCGAUCGUAAUCUAUCGCCAGAACGAGAUAUUUCAGGAGGACUGUGAUAUGGCAUCGUUGCACUGUUUACUCUCACAGCUACCUGAAGAUCUCCCCUUUGAAUAUUUGCUAAAGAGUGCCGAAAAUUUGUACCGAAAGUAUCCUCCCCGGGUAAUCGAAAAGGAUGUCGAAACGAUGAUCGCCAAAGAGAAACAGCAACGAAUUAAUGAAGAAUGUGAACGUGAAUAUCGAAAACUCUACGGCAAAAAACCACCCCCAGUCUCGAACUCCAUCAUCAGUCGGUUUCUGCCUCAUCUGCACCUGUCCCGUCGGUCCGUCUUCGUUACGACCGCAUUCUCGAUACUGGUCGGGUUCUGUGCGUACUACUAUCGGGCGCACUACAUACCGUUGGCAGCGGUCAGAUGAGUGGAGCUCUUCCGAACGCGACUACCGUCGUCGUUCGUCGUAUGUGCCUCGUUUAAUCCACUGGCCGUUUUCGGACGUUCGUGGCAUGCGGGUGGCAACAGCGCACAGGUGCAGUAAACCGAUGGAUCAUUUAUGCUUUCAAUCGGCGAAUUGUGAUGUAUUAUUUCUAUACCCUUUUAUGCGUAUCAUUGAGCUACAUAUUUCAACAUGUUUCAUGUAUGCCUUCAAUACGUUCCGAUCGCUCGUUUUCACGCUCCUGUUGCAAUUGUUUUAUUAGGUUCGUUUUUUUUUCGUUUGUACAUAUGCUGGAAGAUUGUUCGCAUCUCUUAUCGUGAUGUUGAUGUAACAGUAGCGAGCCUGUUGCGAGCCAGAUUGGGAUCGUUUGCUGGCAAUGGGUGAUUGGAGCUGGUGGGGUUUUUCAUCGAAUAGCUUAAAAUAUUUCUUUUUGU